AUGUUGAGUGUAUGGUGGGAUAUUAAAGGAGUAAUCCAUUAUGAAAUGUUGGACAACAACCAAACAAUUAAUGCUAAUCUUUACUGUGAGCAACUUCGUCAUUUGGAAACAGUCCUGAGCCAAAAGCAAGCAUCCUUGGUUAACAGAAAGGGUGUCACUUCCCAUCACGAUAAUGUUCGUCCUCACACAGCUCAACUGACCAAAACUCUCUUGGAAGAACUUGGUUGGGAAAUACUGUCUCAUCCUCCAUAUUCUCCUGACCUUGCUCCUUCUGAUUACCAUUUGUUCCGAGGACUACAGAACUAUUUUGAUGGACUUAGGUUAACAAGAGAAGAGACUGAAAAGGAGUUGGAUUCAUGUUUUGGUUCUAAAUCUACAGAAUAA